AUGGCAGAGCCGCAUGGUUUCAGGACGCAUUGCACUGCCUGCGCAAAAUUACACUCAAUUGCAGUUAAUGUCCCAAUCGAUGCACAUCGUGCAGCUGAGCAAGCUGACAAUCUGAAUCAACAGCAUCAAGCAACUCGGCACAAUGUUGAUGAUAUUCAGACUGAAUAUCACCCCAACUCUGGAAUCCCGGCGCAAACACGAACAUUCUCGACGUUUCAGCGCAACAUUUUGGAAGACCCACCAAUUCCCGAUACACAACCUUGGGCAGCUGAACUUGCUCAUGAAGCUGCCCUUAGCCAGCCUCAAAUUGACCGGCUGAUCAACCUUUUGCAUUGCUCGAAGCAGGAUUCAGAGUCUUUCACCCUCCGCAACUACAAAGAUGUUCGGAACGCGUGGAGUGCUAUCUCCCAUCGUCUAACUCCAUUUAAAAAGCAAACCAUCCAAGUGCCUUACGAUGGGGUUGAUCAACAAUUCACCCUUUACUACCGGGACUUAUGGGACUGGGCAUGCGACCUUCUUCGAGACCCUUAUAUUGGCCCCCAAUUUACCUUUGACACUCAACGCCUGUCGAAGUUUGAUGGGAAUACAUUUUCGUCUAUGCCUGGCCAUGCAAAGCCGCUUGCCUUUAUCCUCUAUGCAGUUAAGGCAAAGUUGUCUUCCUUUGGGGUUGGUGGUGGUCUAGUUGUCGCAUGGCUCCCCAUUGUCAAAGAUGAUGCCUCGAAGUCGGGAAAACAGAAAUUCGCAGAUUUUAAAGCAACAGUUUGGCACAAGUCCUUCAAGCAAAUACUCAAGUGUCUUAAAUCGAAGAGGAAGCGUGGUGGAUGGGUCGAGUGUUGGGAUAAAUCUCAAUGCCUUUCCUUUCCUUUUGUCCCGAUCUUGUCUGCAGACUACGAGGAGCAAUGUGUUAUGUCCCUGAUCCGUGGAGUCAUGGGAAAAUUUCUGUGUCCCAUUUGCUUGGUUCCCCGUGACGAGUUGCAUAGUCUGUUGAACACCUGGCCACUUCGCACAUGCCGCAGUUCAGUUCGCCUGCUCAGGAAGGCAAGAGGGAAGUCCAUGAAGGCAAAGCGAGAGAAGAAAUUGAAGUCUCAGUUGCUCAGAGAUGUUGAACUUCUGGACGUCUUUCGUGCCCUUUGUUUCGACCGCCCCCAUACCCACCAUGAAGGACUGUGGGGGAAACACUUGUGGAUCGAGCUGCAAAAACGGAUUCAUGAAGCCAGUAGACAAGCUGUGACUAUGAUAGAUGAAGGGUUCGCAGCAGCGCCAAGGUGGCGGAAUCUCAACCAUUUCAACGGAGUAAUGGGAAUUAGCUUCGCUGAUGGGACAAAGUACGAGGACAUACUAAAGUUGAUCGUGUUUGUUGCUCAUGACGUACUUGAUCCUGAAGUACAUGAGCUCGGAUAUCUCCUCCUUCGAUGUAUUCGAGCCCAUUUAGAUGUAGACAUGUUCCCGGCUCUUGAAGUGCACACCAUGGAGACCCUUGCGGCUGGUCGAGGCGCUCUUGGCGAGUUUUCAAGACUCAUGGAUAAAUAUAUGUCUAAAUGUGGAUCGGAAGUGAAAAAUUGGAAUUUUCCAAAGCAUCACUUAUCUGUUCACCUUUUUGAGGAUAUCAAGGCCAAAGGCGUUACUCGGAAUUUCAACACCAAACCUAACGAGAAAGCACAUAGACCCCUGAAAAAAUCUUACCAGCUCCGAACAAAUUUCAAACAAGUUGCAGACCAGAUCUUAUGCGCAGACCAUUGGAGCCUUGUAUCGGCAUGGAUUUGCUAUCGCCUCAAUGAUCUUGACGACUAUAAUGCAAGAAAAGAAGCAAGCGCUCUUGGCGGUUCAGAUUUGGAUUUGGAUGCAGAUGACACAGCCCCGGACGAGACAGUUAAUAUGCCUAGAUCGGAAUCCAGUUUUCAUAUCAAGCUUGGUUCACGUCAGUGUAUAUCCUCGAUAAAUGCCAUUCAGCAAGCACACCUCGAAGACCCAGCAUUUCAUCAGUUUCAUACCAAACUUAACCGCUUUCUUAACACGAUACCCAUCAUUACACGGAAUGGAUGUGUUGCACUUGAAUUGGAUGCUGAUACAGUGACAGAAUUCUGUUACUUGAAAGCAAACUUCGAGUCGACGGUUGAUUUUCGGACGUCAAAAGACUACCUCCGCUACUCCCCGAUGUUCCACAAUGCGCCAAGAUAUGACUCCGUCAUUAGUCACUUGAUCUUCGUGUUCAUGUGCUUGGUUGGAGAUGCAAGUUACCCCAUGGCUCUCAUUCAUCCUUGCGACGCCCCCAUUCAAAAUCGGCCUUUGAAGGACAGGCACCUAGGGUUAUGGCAAGUUAGAGCUCAACCUUGGCGUAAGAGUGAGUUUGUCUUCGCUGAUUCGAUUAUCAGGGAGGCACUGUUGCUUGAGGAUUGCUCGCAGCCUGGUGACUUCUUUGUUGUCGAUUCUGUCGACACUGAUAUGUUCCUUUGCAUGAAACUUCACAAAGACUCUCAUAUAUACUGA